AAAGUGUGAAAGGGCUGUCUGAGUUCAAAGUUCCAGGGUUUUGUAAAAGGUUCAGUGGUCGCCUAUCGUGUACAAGGGUUUCAGAAAAGGUUCAGGAAUCACCUGAAGUGUGUAAGGGUUUCAGAAAACUUUCAGGGAUCGCCUGGAGUGUACAAGGCUUUUAUAAAAACUUUAAAAGGUCACUGAAGUGUACAAAGUUGUUUUAAAACGUUCACGGAUCACCUGAAGUAUACAAGAAUUUGACAAAACCUUCAAGGGAUCAGCUGCAGCGUCUAAAUUUCCCUCGAGGAGGAGAACAGUAGACAAACAGCAACAACAGGAUCUUGGUUGUGGAACAGUGAAAUGGAAUCCUGCAGCCACGAGGACCUUAACGCUUCCUUCAGCUUCGAAGGGCCUCUCUUCAGCGGCGAAAACACCAUAGACAAGCUUUGCCAGACUUACCUUGGUAGCCUGGGUUCCUACCGAGAGUCGCAUCCUAAGCAGAUAAGUUCGGGAGACAUGGGAGUGUUACCAGCCACAAGUGAGGAUUACGCCGGGAAAGAUGUCGCGUACUGGAUGCCUCAGGACUGCCUGGACUGGGCCGGAAGUGUCUGCCGGAAGAGGGGCAUUGACCAGUCCACAGUUGACCUCUGGGCAUUCAAGAGUUACACUGGAAGCGACCUCCUUCACUUCACCUGUCAAGAUUUCUCAAACAUCAUUGGGUCUAUUUAUGGCCCUCUCUUCCAACAGGAAUUCGCGGCUCUCUACAAUAAGAGAGAACAAGACAAAAUACAAGGAGCCGUGGGGGGCUGCGUCCCUACGUACGGAUCCUUCGAGUAUCCUACGCAGGAGUCGGGCUACGACAGCGAUCCUUGGGAGCUCACCUCCGAGGACAUCAAGGAUCUAGAUCGUUACAUCCACCACCAGGCGGACGAUCCUCUGGCGGGCAGCCUCUCAGACUUGGGAUUUCAGGAACAGUUUCUUCCGAUCAGUUUCGAAGGAUCUCAGCAGAUUCCUGAAGCAGCGCUGCAGCAAAGUUCCUACGGUGCCUCAUCCUCGGGUGAAGGGCAAGUUCCACUGAAGCAAGUUGAAACUAAAAAGAAAACUCGUGGUCCCAAGAACUGGGAGUUCGUGAUUGGUCUCCUGUCGGACCCAAGGACCAACCCUUCCCUCAUAAGAUGGGAGGACAAGACCCAAGCCACUUUCCGUCUGGUCCAGCCAACAGCCAUCGCCCAAAUGUGGGGUCGAAGGACCAACAAGCCCAAUUUGACCUACGACAAUUUCGCCAGAGGGUUGAGGUACCACUACACCACAGGCGCCCUGGAAGCCGUGUCUGAGAAGCAGCUGGUCUACAAGUGUGGACCGAAAGCCCUGAAGUUCCUCAUCGACAUGAAAAAGGAAGGAGUUCAGUGAUGACCAUGAGGGAUCCCGUGACGUCACUGAGAAAUAGUCACUGUUAAUGUGGAGCAGCAGGCCAGUUCACUCCACUGGCCUGGAGUGAACUGGAUGUGGUUCUUCAGGGACCUCGAAGCCACGCCACUCCCGAAGACCUUCCACUUUGUGCGAAUCAUCCAGGAUCUCUAAGCAGUGCCAUUAUUUGAGGUUCUUUAGGAAUCUCGAAGCCGCUCCAGUCUGACGCAUCAUUCAGUGUGCGGAUGAUGCAACUCCCGAUUUAUGAGAGUGUGUGACCAGGAGCGCCAUCAUUUACCAAAGACUGCUGGUACUCGGCUAAUUAUUUAUCCUAAUCUAAGCAAACUGGCAUUCAUAUAUUGAGUCGAGACAGCUAUGUAUUAGUCAACAACCAAAGCUACUUUGCAUCUAUCAUUGUUAAGUGGUAAAAGAACUAGAUGGAGAAAGUUCUGAAGCCAAAUAUAGACGUUAGUUCUCAAGAAGUUAUUGGAUAUUAUUUAUUUAUUAAUUUAUUUAUAUAUCUGUUUUUCUGACAACUAAUCUCUUUCUGUUACUUAUUUGAAAUGAACACCAUAGUAUUCUUUGGAAGCUUGAAUUUCAGUCAGUGGUCCCUGUGGUGGGCUUGUUCCGUA